AUUAUGCUAGGUUGCUAACUUCACACAGUUUAAAAGUUCAGUGUGAGUACGUGGUUGGUAACCAACGGUUUUAUUUCUUUUUUUCUACUAACGUGCAGUAUUGCUGUAAACGUAAAAAAGCUCUCGGGUGUCAAACGGACGGUAGGAAUGGUUCCUCGCAGGCAGGAGUACGGGGGGAAGAGAAGCGGAGGAGCGCGGAUCGGCUCGGUUACACAUUUCAGGACAGCGAUGAACUCGGGCUCCCUCCGCCGCAGCCCAGCCGUGCUGCCGUCGGUGCUAACGUUCCUGGUGAUCGUAGCCUCCGGAGGCCUGUUGCUCAUGAUAGAGAAAGGAAUGCUCAACAAUAUGGAUACGCCUCCUCCUCGGGGUAACGGCAGGCGGCUGGACUUAAUCCGGCAGGCUGGGAAACACAGCCCGGCCGCUGUGGACGUAGAGUCCGAGAUCCUCCAGGAGAUCCGUAACCGUACCAUCAGGACCAUGUGCAGCCAUAAGAAUAUGCCCCACAGCAUUUGGACUCUAAGCCCCCUACAGAGGAAGACACUGCUUCAGCACAUCCUGGUCAAUGAUGAGUACCGCUUCCUCUACUGCUACGUCCCCAAAGUGGCCUGCUCCAACUGGAAGAGGGUUCUGAAGGUGCUGAGUGGAGCACUGGAGAGUGUGGACGUUAACGUCAAGAUGGACCAUCGCAGUGACCUGACGUUUUUGUCCUCUCUGAAACCUGAGGAGAUCCGCUACCGCCUCAAGCACUACUACAAAUUCAUGUUCGUACGGGAGCCCAUGGAGCGCCUGCUCUCUGCCUUCAGGAACAAGUUUGGAGAGAUCGAGUCUUACAAGAAAAAGUAUGGUGUUGAGAUCAUAAAGCGGUACAGAAAAGGUCACGCUAAAGACACAAACAUAAAAGGAGAUGAUGUGACCUUUGCGGAGUUUGUUCGUUACUUGCUGGAUGAGGAUGUGGAUCGUAUGAAUGAGCACUGGAUGCCGGUGUACAACUUAUGUCAACCCUGUGCCGUUUCUUAUAACUUCAUUGGUUCCUAUGAGCACCUGGAGAGUGAUUCAGAGUUUGUGCUCCAGCGCAUUGGAGCACCUCCUCAUGUUCACUUCCCAGAGAGGCAAACAUGGUACAAGCCAGUCACUACGGAGACGUUACAUUACUAUCUGUGCAGCUUACCACAAAAGCUACUGAGGGAACUGCUGCCCAAGUACAUUUUAGACUUCUCUCUCUUCACUUAUCCAUUCCCAAACACGACCACUGAACACUGUAGACAUUAAAUGUGCACUGUCUCAUAGUGGCCGUCACACCAGCACGAUUCCAGUUCUUGAACCAAAUUUUUCUUGAACCAAUAAAUUGGUUUGGGACCUCAAAGGUUAUUUCCAGCAAGAACUAAAAAAAUAAUUACUUUUUUCUUGCAAGCUGUUACGUCAUCAGUACGCAUGUCAAUGUAGAUGAGAGGAAGAAGGAAGGACAACAUACCAGUCAAUAUGGCCAAGGAAACGAAGAACAUACAGUGGUCUCAGGACAAUUUUCUGCCACUGCUGAGUCAACUUCCUCUCAUGUUGUGCAUUGAGCAACACCCACUGUUGAUGACAUAGACAUUGGAACUUUUAUUCCGUGUGAAUGCGGGAUUGUACCAAGAUUCUAAAUAGAACUACAGCCUGAACAGGAACCGUGCUGGUACUUACCAGUGUCCAAGUGCUAGUUGACAGUUGUCUCACACUUUUACUUGAGAUGUUCUCACAUCAUUGCAAAAUGCUGAAUAUUACAAGAGAUGAAGAUUGAACUUCAGAACCACUAAAGUUUCAGGUCAGCUACAAAGAACAAAGUUACUGAAAAGUAUGUUACAUGCACUGUUAAAGCAGUUAGUUCACAACACAUUGAUUCAAGUGUAAAUAAGGUUUCAAGACCAGACUUUGUAUUUUGUACCAUCUUAAUAUAGAUUUGGGGGGAAUUUAAGGGUUAAUAGCUUCUAUGGGCAUUCAGUGGUUUAGCAGGCUAAAGCACACACCAUGUACUCAGAGGGUUGUGGGGUCUAAAUCAAGCUUGUGUUGUUUUUUCUAUGUCACAGCCUCUCUUUCACACUUUGUCUAUUUACUUUCAACUAUUCACCAUCUAAUAAAAACCAGAAAUUUGUAAUAUA